CGCCGCCGCCGCCGCCAUGGUGAAGCUGGGCAGCCAUUUCGGCGAGAAGAGCCCCAAGCAGCCCCCCGCCGAGGACGGCUUCGACACCAUCUUGCUCAUCACGCCCCUCGACGUCAAUCAGCUCCAGUUCCCACCCCCCGACAAGGUGGUGGUCAAGACAAAAACGGAAUAUGAACCAGACCGCAAGAAAGGGAAAUUCCGCACACCUAAAAUAGCUGAGUUCACGAUCAGCAUCACUGAAGGUGUCUCAGAACGGUUUAAGGUAACCGUUUUGGUUCUUUUUGCCCUUGCCUUUCUUACUUGUGUUGUAUUUCUGGUCGUCUACAAGGUUUACAAGUAUGACCACACCUGUCCGGAAGGCUUUGUCUUCAAGAACAAUCAGUGCAUCCCAGCUGGAUUAGAAAACUACUACUCUGAACAAGACUCUAGUGCAAGAGGGAAAUUUUAUACCGUUAUAAACUGUGAUUCCAGUUAA